UGAAUAAAAUAAGAGGAAAAAAGAAAGGAAAGAAAAGGAAGAAAAAGAAAAAAUGGCUGCCAGGAGCAAUCGACUUGUAGUAUGGCCAAAGAGCUCCAUCCAGCUCCACCGACUCCCAGACAGUCAGAUCCCCACGCACGUAUAUAGCCCCACCCACAGGUAGAGCCGCCCACUGUGUACUGCGCUUGCCCACAACGCCCCCUCACUGCGCCUGUGCAGUCGCCGGCGCAAACCAUUAUCCAGACGCCCGCAGUCGCCUCCCCCCCCCCCCCGCAAGAUUGGAGUGGUCGGUUCCCAAGGAGACUCAGCACCUGCCCUGGACGCUCAGAGGGUCAGACCCGGGUCCGAGGUUGCAGUGCGUGCUCACAGGAAGUCUUCCUGAGGGGCUGAGCUGAUUUUGGCCUUCCAAUAUGGAAAAAGAUGCUAACGUAUUCCCUAAAGAGAAGCUUAUGGACAAAGUCCCACUUUUGAAAGAUGGAAGAGAUGAGCUGGGCUGUUCAGAGUUUGAGGUUGACUCUCUCCCUCCAGAAGGGGACUCAGGCUGCCUCUGUCCAGAGAGAGAGCAGAACGCCAGCACUGGUGGGAAGAAAAUGAAAACAGAUGUUCGAGGCAAGAUCCAGGCCUUACAGCUGAGGAAGCACUUGAACUACCUGGAUAAGCUGCAUGAGGAGAAAGAUCUCUUCAUCCAGAAAGUGAGAGGGGAGCUGCGUGCAUGCCGCCAGAGGAUGGAUCUCAUCAUCAAGCAACAGGAGAGUGUGGCAGCCAAGGUGGAGCUGGAGAGAGAGUCCAACAACACUGCAGCUGUGGGCCGCCUCCAGGCAGUAUCCCGUCGCCUGUGCACCGAGCUGGAGAAUGAGCGAGACCAACAGUCCCAGCUCACCACCUUGCUGAAGGAGAGUGAGAAAGCCAUGUGGCACACCGAGAUCCAGAAGGGGCAGUUUGAAGACAUUCGGAAGGGUGCCCAAAGGGAGGCAGAGGCUGCCAGGAAGUGCCUCCAAGUGAAGGCAGCUGAGCAGCUUCAUAACGAGAAGGAGGCAGUGGGAAAGAUGGAAAGAAACCGGCUGCUGAGGAUCCGGAAGACCAUUCACCUCCAGAAGGAGUUCGGGCUCCGGCACCAGAAGCUGGUGGAAGAUGCCCAAAAGAACCACCGGGUUGCUGUCAAGUUCCUGAAGGCCUCCCUGGGCAGAAUUCGAGAGCAAGAGAAGAUGGAGGAACUAGAGUCUCGUGAGCAUAUGAGGAGGCGCAUGGAUGCAGUUUUGGCAUUAAAGAACAAUAUCACUGCAAACCGGGAGACGCUCAGGAAAUUCCGGGCCUGGGGCCGGGCCAAGGCUGAGCUGGCCAAGCAGAAGGCACAGGCCGAGAAGGAAGCUAUCCUGGCUCAAGGUGGGGAUGCCUUCAGGCAGCUCUUCCACCACCGUAGACGCCAAGAACUGGAGGCCCAACAACGUGCCUUUGAGGAGGAGCAGAAGCUCAAGAAGUAUGAGAUUGUGAGUCGGAUUCUGAAAGAAGAAGCUGAGGAAGAGAAUAGGAGGAAGAAGCAGCCUCUUCCCACCAAAACCUUGGAGCGCGUCACACUGAGGGACAAGACCUGGAGCUACCUCAGUGAAGUCAGCAGAGGGAUGACUACAGGGGCCAUGCCCUCUUGCAUACCAAGAACAGAAGCUUCCUCUGACUCCUCUCCUCCUGCUUGCUCCAUGACAGCCACAGGGUUGUGGAAGACAGGCAGCACCCUACUGCCCGAUGACCCUCAGCUAAUAAAAGUCAUAUCCAGUGAGUCCGUACAGAGUGAACUCGGGACUGUAAACCCAGAAGACGAAACAGUGGCUGAGCUGGAAAUCUCUGGGCUCUGGGAUGAUGACUGUAAACAGUGUCAGGUGCCUACAGAGGACAUGGACCAGAAGCCCUUGGGCGGGACAAAGAUGGACAAAGACAUCCUGGCCCGCACCCUCCAGCGACUGCGCAGUGGACUGAUCCACAAGCAGGUGGCCUCAGGAAGGGAGUUCAAAGGUCGCCCUUUCAACAGCAAGCCCGAACUCAUCCACUUCAAGGACUUUGAUAUUGGCAAAGUAUACAAGAAGAAGAUCACUCUGGUCAAUGCCACCUACACAAUCAACUACUGCAAGCUGGUGGGCGUGGAGGAGCACCUGCGGGACUUCAUCCACAUCGACUUUGACCCCCCUGGCCCAAUGUCAGCCGGCAUGUCCUGUGAAAUGCUUGUCACCUUCAAGCCCAUGAUCAACAAGGACAUGGAAGGCAGUGUCUCAUUUCUGGCUCAGACGGGUGCAUUUUCUAUCCCGCUGAAGUGUUCCACAAAGAAGUGCUCUUUGUCCUUGGACAAAGAGCUAAUUGACUUCGGCAGCUAUGUGGUGGGCGAGACAACAUCACGGGUCAUCACACUGUCCAAUAUCGGCGGCUUAGGCACCAGAUUCAAGUUUCUUCGUGCAUCAGAGCCCUGCGACAUGGGCUCCCACCUGAUUCUGAAAACAAGCAACAUCUUCCCUUCUGAAGAAAGAGGCUUGUAUGAAAAACCCCUCCCCAGCUUCUCUGAGCAGCUUGUGGAGGGCAACGAGUCCUCUAUCCUGGAGGUGUUAAGCCAGAAGGAGUCUGGGAAGCAGUACAGCAAGGAUGAUGAGGACAGGCAGACUGGAGAUGGAGAGGUGCCUGGCCCCACCGUUUUGACAGUGCCUGUUGAAGAGGAAAAAGCAGAGAUCUCACUGGGAGAGAUAACAGAGGGUGAGGUCGCCCCCUUCUCCUCCAUCAAAGUGCCCAUCAUAUUCACGCCCAUCACCCCAGGAUCAGUCCACACCAGGUUCAAGGUGGUGUUUAAGAACCAGCAGUGCCCAACACUGUAUUUUGGUGCCACUGGCGUCGCUAUUGAUGUGCCAGUCUGGGUGCCAAAGCCCAACGUGGACCUCAAGAUCUGCAUGUAUGAUCGCCUGUACCAGGACUCCAUCCUUGUCCACACACGGUCAAAAGUGGCUCUGCGCCUGAAGCUGGAAGUGUGCAAGGAGCUCAGAGACCACAUCGAGCUCUUGCCGGAGACAGGCUACAUCCAGGCCCUGUCGUCCUAUUCUGUGCAGCUCAAGUUCAAGCCUCGACACUCCCUCCCAGAGGAUGCUGGGAAGUACUUCGACAAGGAAACCCGGGUUCUGGAGGCACCAAUGACAAUCCGGGUGGCUGACCAGAUCAAGCCACUGGAGUUUAUGGUCCAUGCUGUGGUCACAACCUCCGACCUAGAGUUCCGGCCCUCAGUGGUAGACUUCAGCUUCUGCACCAUAUACGAGGCCAUCCGCGCCCGAGUCAACCUCUACAACCAUUCCCUCCUGCCCCAGGAGUUUGGGUUCAUCGGGGUGCCCAAGUUUGUGGACAUCCAGCCCAAUGACGGGUUUGGGACAAUCCUGCCCCUGGAGACUCUGCUGCUAGAUGUGAUCUUCCAGCCCACCAAGGCCAAGGAGUACAACUUUGAGCUCAUCUGCAAAUCAGAGAUCAACCGGUGCUUCAAACUGACAUGCCGAGCAGUGGGUGUCCACCCACCCUUGGAGCUGUCCCACUAUCAGAUCAAGUUUGCAGCCACCUCCCUGUACGAUGUGUCCGUGACCAGCCUGUACGUCAUCAACUCUCACCUGAGCAUGAACUCACUGACCCACUCCGUACCCCGAAUCGGCUCCGGGGACACAUUCCCCGUGGGACCCACCUCCUUCGAGUUCCUGCUGCCCCCGGACUCGCCCAUCACCAUCUCCCCCUUGGUGGGGACUGUGCUGCCUGGAAAGAGGUGCCUGGUCCAGGUGGCCUUCCAGCCAGUGCUGUCUAGUGAGGUCAUCCGCCAGGAAGCAGGCCAGACCCUCACCAAGGAUGUUGAAGUCAGAGGGUCCCGCAGGGACACAACCACCCAGAGGAAGGACAUUCGCAGGCAAUCCACCUCCGUGCAGCGCCUGCCACCCCGAGACAGAGUGUCCCAGGUCUCCACCUCCUACCCGUUGGAUCUACAAAUGCAGGAGCUCAAGUGCAGUUCUGAAGAGUUCCUGGCCACACAAGCCAUCCUGAUCAGAUCUUUCCAGGGCAAGUUCCACAAGUUUGUUGUCCCCUGUGUGGUUGCCAGCGGUGACAUCAAAGACAGGAAGGGCAAGGAAUCCCUAAGCUUCAGGUGGGGUGCCCUGCCCGGCACGGUCUGCCAAACCAUCAUUGUUCUCCUCAACCACAACCCAGUUGGGGGUGGGGGAGGUCUGUGGAGCCUAGAGCAGGUGGCUGCCCCUGCACUCUGCAUGCCCUGCUCUGCCCCCAGCCCCCACAACACCCUGUACCUGGAGCUGUGGUGCCCAUCAGUGGCACCAUCCAUCAUAGUCACAUCCAACAAGGGCAAGACCUUCUCCAACUUUGGUGACAUUGCUGUGGGACACCAUGGCCUGCAGAAGAUCACCAUCCAGAACAUCUCUUCCGAGGACCUGACUCUACAGUUCUCCCUGCUGAACCCUGACGGCCCCUUUCUCCUGCUCAACCCCAUCCACAAGCUGCCUGCAGGUGAGAGCCACGUGCUGGCUCUGACCUUCUCCCCGCAGGACAGCAUGCAGGCCCACGAGACACUGGACAUCAUUACUAGGAGGGGCACACUCACCCUGACGCUGGUGGGCACCGGUGUGGCCUCCAUGAUCACCUGCUCCAUCGAGGGGGACAUUCUAAACAUGGGCUACGUGAUCGCCAGGGAGUCUGUCUCUUCCAGCUUCAGGCUGCAGAACAACUCAUCGCUGCCCAUCAAGUUCUCCAUGCAGCUGGACAGCCUGGCGGGCGCCCGGGCAGAGACCCAGCAGCAGCUGCCGCGCUUCCUCACCUCGCCCGCACAGAGGACAGAGGUCGUAGGCACACAGAACCUCAGCGGCCUGAGCGUGUUUAGCGUGGUGCCGGUGGAGGGCGUACUGGAGCCUGGCAAGGCACAGGAUUUCACCGUAACCUUCAGCCCAGACCACGAGAGCCUCUACUUUUCUGACCGGCUGAAGGUUGUGCUCUUCGAGAAGAAAAUUUCCCACCGGAUUCUGCUGAAGGGUGCUGCCCGUGAGCACAUGAUGUUUGUGGAAGGUGGAGACCCAUUGGAUGUGCCCGUGGAGUCACUGGCAGUGAUCACGGCCUUAGACACUGAGCGCAGGGAGGAAGCUGAGGAGCUAAAGCCCAUCCUGGUAACACUGGACUAUGUCCAGUUUGAUGGGGACAUGCCAGCCCCACCAGCCACUCGAGAGUUGCAGGUGGGCUGCAUCCGAACCACACAGUCUUCCCCCAAGAAGACGGUGGAAUUCAGCCUGGACAGCCUCUCAGUGCUGCAGCACAAAGGCUUUUCCAUUGAACCUGCCCGUGGCUCUGUGGAGCGCGGCCAGACCAGAGCCAUCAGCAUCUCCUGGGUGCCACCAGCAGACUUUGACCCAGACCACCCGCUCAUUGCCUCAGCCCUGCUGCAACUCAGGGGGGACGUGAAGGAGACUUACAAGGUCCUGUUUGUGGCCCAGGUUGUAACCAGCUACUGAGGCCCCAGAGGGGGUCUCCCCAGUGAUCCCCUCGGGCUCUCCUGUCCACCUCAAGGCCCUCUCUGAGUCUUCCACAGUCCUGCUGGAUGCUUCACCUGGGCACCUUCUGCAGGGCCCCUGACACCAUACCCCUCAGUGCUCCUGAUGCAGCUGCUUCUAGCUGCCCUGGACCCAGACAGCCCCAUUCUAGAGCACCUGUUCCUGGCCCUCAACACCCAGAACCAGCGGUGAAGACAAUCCCAUCCCCCACCCCAUCCCCCCUCCUGAACCCACCAGCACCCACCCAACCUUCUGAGGCCUGGGGGAGAGCCUCCCCACCUGCCAAUAAACACUGAAUGUUUGUCUCCAGGCCUGUGAUGUGACCUUAGGGUUGUAAAUCUGUUGUGGGGAGCACAGGCAAGAUGGUGACUAAGCACUGGGGAGGUAGCUCCCCAUCCCACACCCAAACAAUCCACCCAUUAAACAAUUGCCUCUGCUGGGAACACUUAGGAAGACUAAGAUGGUCAGAAAGGGGGGUGCCUGGAACAAGGCAAAGUACUGGGGUGCUGGGGGACAGGGCUGAAGACUUGCCCACGUCCUGAGAAGUCCACUAAGGAGGAUUCAAACACGAGAGCCUUUAGGCCUCCCUGGACCCCCAAGUUCCUCAUGACCCCAAGCAAAGGUGAGCAGGUUGCGGAGCUAACCCUGCCAUGCAGACCUCCCUCCUGAGCCCUGCCUACCCUAGAGUCUGAGCCUGAGCUCCACCUGCUGGGCCCUACUGGUACAGGAGAUGUUGUAGUGAGCUCUUAUUGGUAUCACCCCAGCCCUGGCUUAUGGGGAAAAACUGGUUGGACACAGCCCUGCCUGCCGCCACCACUACCAC